CGAAGUUUGAACUCACGGGUGAUCGUCUCAAUUGCGGGGUAAAUCUGGAGAAUCCCCCACUCGGUGAAAUCUCGCUAACGGGGCAAAUAGGACUAGCAUAGAACUACGCAGUGAAGUAAUUCGUAUGAAAGACCGGCACACCCGAGCCAUGUUUUGGGAUCCUUGUUUAUGCAAAUAAGAAGGGCAGUCAUUUUCCACCUCUUCGUCCACUUGGACUACGGAUGCCCACACGCGAAUACCGACCAAGAAACAGGCGGCAUUGCGCCAACUCUGAAUUGCUGAUAGCCGAGUUAUCUGUGUCCAACAGGCUUGAAGAUAUUGGAGUUCUAUCGCGCGAUGGUCCCCUCCGACGAGAGCAGCGAUCGAUAUACUGCACUGCGUCAUCGACGGAACAGAAGGGUUCCUUACGUCAACCAGGCAUGUAUCGAGUGCAAGAGAAAGAAGAUCAAAUGCGAUGGUGUCAACCCCUGUGCGGCAUGUACACGCAAUUCAGUCGCGUGUGGAUACCACCCGCAUCGUCGAGUCUUAGCCGCUCAGAAACCAAAUUUACGAACCGCGGAUUCAUCCAGGCCUUCUCAUUGUUCUCCUCAAAAUGAAAGCUCACUCGACGCAUCAAAAUCUACCCCUCCACAGAGUCCAUCGCCGCAGGCGACUUGCCAACAGAUGAGCCCCAUGCUGAGAUCCAGAUCAAAUCACAUACCAUGUGACGCAAGCAGUAAUUCCCCGGAGUUCUGUGGUCCCUCAAGCUCCGAGUUCACCUUCGGAGUUGUCAAAGGGAAUCUGGAAGCCAUGGGAAUUCCCCCAGCCAUUCUGGACAAGUCAACACCGAGGACCAACUCCGUUUCGAAUAUGCCAUCUCAUCUAGCACAAUACGGGCCAUUCAUGAAGCUUCUGGCCCAAGAUCCACUAUGGGAGGUAAAUCUUGAAGAUGCGACUGACCACAUCAAGCAGUGGUUUUCGGGCACUGGCUUCCUCUACGCUGUUGUCAGUGAAGAGCAGAUGCUAGCGGUUGCCAGUAAUGUUUUGAACACUCUGCAGUGUGUCAAUGUCCACGAGACGCGAAGUCGAGGAGCUCUCGCAGAAUGCCUAUUCCACAGCGAUACUAACAAAUUGAAACUAAUCCUGGCCAUAUGUCUGAACUUGGAGAGCGGAGGUGGCAACGAGUUGGCCCAGAGGCUCUUUCAGAGCGCCACCGAAGCUGGCGAGGGGCUGCUUUGGGGCACAAACUCGAUCAGCAACAUACAAUUGCUGGUGCUGAUGGCCCUUUACUACUACCACCUCGACGAAGAAGUGCGGACCGGUCGUAUCAUUGGUUUUGCAGCCCGUCUCUGCCUCGAAAUGGGCUUGCAUCGCCGAACAUCCAUGGACCGCUAUGCCAACUCGGAAGAGCAAGCUGCGGGGCUACAGACAUUUCGGUGUGUGUAUAUGCUGGAAAGGAGGACGAGCCUAGGGCAGGGCAUACCGUUCUAUAUACAGGACUGCCACGUUGACCCUACACUACUCGCGAUGAACAGCCACGACACGGUGAUGACUGCGCUUCUCGACUGGACGAAACUAGCUGGCAAGACGUGGUACGCCCUCAAUACCCAAGUCGAGAAGGAAAGUGAACUCAACAUCGACGAAAUCGACUAUCUCGAUUAUCGAAUAGAGCAGUGGUACCAACUUCUAGCUGAUGACCUAAAGCUUGAACCUAUCCAGCCGGGACAAGAGGUUCGGCACGUUCAGGCCGUGCUUUUCCUCCGCAAGAGUCACCUACACAACUUGAUCUGUCGCCCAGUGCUUCAAUCCGCGAAACGGAUCGUGCAGUACGAGAGACAUGCUCACAAAGCCGUCGCUGUCGCCAGAGAGUCGCUGCAGAUGCUCUCGAGCCUCAACGAAAACACUACCAUCAUCAAGCGGAACCCGCUCUUCUUCAAGCACCUUUUGCUGACUGCCUUUGGGAACCUCUUGUUGGCGGUUGUGAAUGCCAGCUCCAUGUUUUGUGACAAGGUUACCAUUGAGUUUGACAUUGCGCUCGAAAUGAUCAGAGCUCUGAGUAAACGGUCGCCGCUGCUCCUGGCUCUCUGGGAGCGUCUUCAAGGCCUACGAAAGCUUAGGGCACAGCUGUCCGGCUCCUCCGUCACAGCAUCCAGUACCAGCGAGCCAGGUGAACUAAGGGAGAGCGUUGACAGUCCGUCUGAUGCCUUGCUGUUCGGAAACAUGGGAGACAUGAUGGUUUUCGACCAGCUCAACGGUUUCUUUGACCUUACACCAAUGUCCACGAACUGUGCAACGACCAAUUGGACAUUUCCGAUUGGUGAUUGAGCAAAUUCCGGCCGCUUCCGAAGCGGAACUAAUGGCGGGGUUAAACUACCUCCGAUGAUCCCGGCGGGGUCACCACUUAUUAAUAACUGAACGAAACAUCAAAGUAUUACCUC